GGUGGCCUACCUCGCAGGCGCUAGACCGAAUCCGCGGUUUUAUGCAGAAAGGCUUAUGUCCAACAGACCACGUUUCGAGUCAAUCCAGUCGCCUGACCGUACUUUUAGGUGAAAGUGUUUCUGUUGCUGAGACACUGCAAAACAAAAGAGAACUAGAAGAGGAGUCCACCCAUUGGCCGCUUGAUCGUCAUCGCGCCAUCGCCAUGAUGAGCCGCAGACCCCAGCCGAGCAUUGUUGGGCAAGCUUCAGGCCGCUGCAGACUUCUUGUUCUGUCUAGCGGCGGCGUGUUAGCAUUAGUGUCGAUCGCACGAGUACGUUGUCGACCUCAGUUUUGAACCAUGCCUUCGUCCGAGCCCUCAAGUGUCACUCUCACCGACCAGGCCCAGACGACCGAGACCCAGGCCCGGUGCACUUGUCCCAUCGAGGAGAGUGAGCAGAGCGACCCGAGCACGGCGAUGGCCACGGCCGUGGCCUUCUUGGAGGCGAAGGUGCGGCGCGUGGAGCAGUGGCUGCUGCAGGACCUGCGUCACGGACGCGCCGAGCGGCGCCUCUUGGAGAACAUCAUCAGCAUCAAGGAGGAAGAUCUCGAGUACCACAAACAGCGAUUAGAUGGAGUUAAGAAGCAAGCAGCUAGGCUGGAGAGGGAGCUGAUCGAGUGUCGAUGGGAGUUGCUGAAGUGUCGAAGGCAGGAGCGUCAGACAUUUGCGGACAAUUUGCAUCUUCGUAGUGACAAUAGUAAACUGCAAAUACUAAUCACAAAGCUACGGCCCUACAAUUUUAAACUCGUGAAUAAUUCUUUGGUACAAUACUCUGAUACUGAAUUGUAAAUAGCUCAAAUGACAAAU